AUGUCUUCCAUCGAUUCCAGUGAUAUCCCAGGCCUCGAAGAGCUCCCAAACGCCCCGCGGGUGACCUUAGCACCAAACGUUACUUUACAGCCUCCACUUUCCCGUCGUGGGCAUGGCCCAGGUCUCAUUGUGAUAGAUCCGGGCUAUGAUUUGCCGUAUAUUCCCUCUGCAGAGCUCCCAUCGACUACUCUUGAUCCCGUCCCACAAUACAAAUGGGCCGAGGAGGGGUAUGCUGUUUUGCGCCUUGCGGCGCGGAAGACCUCCGAACCCGAAGACUGGUCACUAGAAGCUGGAUUCCUCGAUAAAGCUAUUGAGAGCCUCAAGAGCUUAGAAGAAUGCGACGUGAAAGACAAAUUCGGCAUACUCCUGUAUGGAACACCCGAGGAAUAUGCGCCAUCAUUUCCAGAACAACUUGCGACAGCUGUAAAAGGCUCCGAUAACAUCGUCGCUAUUGUCACUUUCUCUUCUGAAUUUGAUUUCACUUCCACCUCUAAGCCUCAGCUGGUUCAUCAAGGGGGCAAAACAGUGCCCACGGAGAAAGAGGGUCUGACAAUUUAUACAUACCCCGAGGUUGCAACGGGUUUCAUCAUGCCACAUACCCCUGGCUUUGUCUAUUCUGCUGCAGCGGUGGCUCAUACGCGGAGCUUGACCUUCAUCAAAAAGUAUAUUGGUGGUCCCAUAUUUGAGUUGGAAAAAAUAUGGGAUGAGCACACAUAUUGGGAAUUUGAGAAUCGAUCGGUUGAGAAGACAAUGGCUACUAUGGUGCGAGAGCCAUAUGUCAAUCACAUUCCUACGAUGACUGGAGGUAUUGGAAGAAAGCAACUUACGAACUUCUAUCGCAAUCACUUUAUCUUCAGCAACCCCGACAGCAUCAAAAUGAACUUGGUCAGUCGAACGCUUGGCGUGGACCGCAUUGUGGACGAAUUUAUUUUCAUUUUCAACCACGAUAAAGAGGUCGAUUGGCUUCUUCCCGGUAUCCCGCCGACCCAUCUUCCCCUCCGCAUUCCUUUCUAUGCAGUGGUGAAUAUUCGUGGGGAUAGACUGUAUCAUGAACACAUCAGUUGGGACCAAUCUACGGCACUGCGUCAGCUUGGCUUACUACCGGAAUACUUGUCUUUCCCACACGCUGUUCCUGGAAUGGAAGGCAAGAAACUGCAGUAUAAGCUACCAGUUGCGGGAUUUGAGACAGCAGAAAAGCUCGAGGAUCAGCGCAAAGUGGAUAGCAAUACCCUGUUCAUGCCCAAUGGGAGUGGGAUUCGGGAGCAUCAAGGCCAUGACUAA